AAUAUACAUUUACUAAAAAAUAAGGUGAAGUUGCAUAAUAUUAUUACUCAUCAAAACAGUGCAUUCCCUCAAUAUAGCGUUGCAUUUAUAAGGGAACAUACUACAUAAUGGCUACUAAAACAAUAGCAAGUGCAACGGUCAGAGCUGUGAAGAAACGCGUUUUACCUUCACGAGCUGCUCUAGUCCUAACUCAGUCAGCUGUUCAGAAAGUAAGAGAUAUUAUGGCAAAAGAAGAUGCAAAGGGUUUCAUAGGAUUGAAAGUAGGAGUUCGUCAAAGAGGUUGCAAUGGACUAUCAUACACAUUAGACUAUGCAAAAGAAAAGGGCAAGCUCGAUGAAGAAGUUAAGCAGGAUGGGGUGACUAUUAUAAUUGAUAGAAAGGCACAGUUGACUUUAUUAGGUACUGAAAUGGAUUUUGUUGAAGACAAAUUGUCGUCAGAGUUUGUAUUCAAUAAUCCAAAUAUCAAAGGCACCUGCGGUUGUGGAGAAUCUUUUAGCAUAUAAAAUUAGAUUUUUUGUGAUGAUAGACAGUUUAACUAGUUCUGUAAUAAAUUUAGCUAAGAUUACUUUCUAUUGCCUCUUUCUAUAUUUUGUUUUACAAUUGCACUGAGGAAAUAGUACUAUGUAUAUAUAGUUAGUAUUUUAUUUUUUAUUAAUUAUUAUAGUAUAAAAUAAAAAUUAUUGCUUGUUCAA